CCUCAUCUCAACAGCCACAUCAGUUGUCAUUGUCUCAGCCUGACAAUCGAAACAGCCAGCCACCUACAUCAACUCCACCUCAACAGGAACUGACUGAUCAGGCACGGCUGAACCAAGCACAGGUUCGCACACAACAUAAACAGAGGCCCCUAACCCCCAGACAACCACUCAUAAUCGACAGCAGAGAUCUAACAGGCAGACUCUUUACUGCAAGUAUUGUAAAAUCAAGGGUCAUUCCGAAAAUAAUUGCCGUAAGAUUAAGGAAUGUGAAUAUUGUCAUCGUAGAGGACAUCAAACAUCUGAGGGUCGUAUGAAGAGACAAGAGGAAAGACAAGAACGCCUCUUCCAGAGCAUUGCUGCAGAACAGCGUCAAAGUAAUGCUAUCUUGGUGCAAGCAAUACAGAAGCACUUGAAGCCAUACACUCCACACAUUUCACAUCUUUCUUUGCAAGCCAACGGCUGGCCAACAUCAGCCAUUCAGCCACCCAACCAACAAACCACUAACUCUCUACAAGGUCCCUGGUACUAUGCCUCGCAACCACAGAGGAAUGGCCCACCUGCGCAUCCUCUCCGCUAAUGUUAGAGGCUUCCAAACGAACUUGGGAGACCUCACACAUAGCCACAUAAUCCCACAUCAACCUGACAUAGUUGCUGCUGUGGAAACUUUCUUGAACUCUACAGUACCUGAGAAUUUUGGGAGGGUUGAUGGUUACUCCAAGUGGCACAGACGUGACAGAACGCAUGGUACUUUUGGAGGCAUCGCUGUCUGCUUUCGAAGAACACUACAUGUACACUCACUUGAGAUUGAUGUAGCAGAUCAUCUUGAACUCAUGUUUUUCAAAAUCUGGACAGACACACAAGAUGCUGUCCUUCUCUGUGUCUGCUACAGACCCCAGUGGCAAGGCUCUGAACCACUUAUUUAUCUUCAAGCCAACCUGGACAACAUUCUCCAUGCAUACUCUUGCAAAAAUAUUAUAAUACUAGGGGAUCUGAACCAACACUUGGUUGAAAGAUCAUUUGAAGAGCUCCUCACUACAUUCGGGCUCACAAAUCAUGUUCAUUUCCCAACCCACAUAUCAGGCUCAUCCCUUGACCCUGUGAUUACUGAUCUGGCUGAAUCAGACGUCAGUUGUACUUCCCUGGGCACAGUUGGCUCCUCUGAUCACUUCGCAGUAUUAAGCAAGAUCAACCUAAAAGCUGCUCGAGAGGAAACUUUGUCCCGUACAAUCUGGCAAUGGGAAAAGGCAGACUGGCAAGGUAUGUGUGAUGCAUUAUCUGAAGCUCCCUGGGAAGACAUUCUCACUGGCACUGUUGACAGGCAAGCACUGGCCUUUACCAAAAUACUAGUCAGCCUACAAGCAAUAUAUGUACCUAACAAGACAUACAAGACAAAAUCCACAGAUCAGCCAUGGUUUGGCUACAAUUGUAGAAUGGCAUCUGACAAGAAGAUGAGAGCCUGGAACCGUUAUAAGCGCCAUCCCACACAAAGAAAUAAAGAUGCUCAUGCUAUGGCUUGCAGGAGAAUGAAAGCUGUCCAAAAAUGGGCAAUUAAUCAAUGGAAGGAGGACCUCCGCUUAAAACUCUCUUGUCGUUCAGUGGGAAGUAAAGCCUGGUGGAGCUGCAUCAAACAACAACAAGGAUUUUCCCCUGACGACUGCAUCCCCCCUCUCAACAGGCCUGAUGGAUCAGUUGCAACCUCCAGCAGAGAGAAGGCUGAACUUCUGGCUUCGCUCUUCUCCGAAAAGAUGAGAAUACAUGACCCUGACCGAUCUUCUCCUAGUCUGCCUCUCGUGACUCACUCGAAGCUGAGCUCUUUCGUGAUCACUGAAGCAGAAGUCAGGCAGCAUCUAAAUAAGGUUGAUGUCCAUAAGGCCAUAGGACCCGAUAAAGUCAGUCCUCACACACUUCACAAGUGUGCUAGGCAGCUGGCUGCUCCUUUUGCCUCACUUUUCCAAACAUGCCUGAGGCUGUCCUGCCCGCCAACUCAUCUUGCCCUCCUGGACACCGUUCAGAGCAGAGCCAAGCGGUUAGUGGAACGGAAGACGCCCGUAAAUGAGCAACACAUUUUUAAUCCCUUCACCAUCGAAGAGAUGUGGCUGAUCUUUGCGUCUUCUACAAGAUACAUAAACAAAACGGUUCCCCGCUGACAUCGCUACGACUUCCACCAGCAGACGCACCCACGUACGGGACAAGAAAUGCCAGUAAUCGAGUCCAAGAAAUCCAGGUUCCCUUCGCGAGAACGGAGCUUUAUCUGCGCUCCUUCCUGCCUAGAUUUUCUAGAAUAUGGAACAUUUUAGCUCAGCAAACUAACCUGCUUUAUCUCGACACAUUACAGCUGUUCAAGUCAGCAGUGAAUGCUUGGAGAUUACAGUAUGAACCAGGCUAAAUAAUUUUCACUUGUGAUUUCUUAGUUAGACCAAUUUCUCUUUUAUCA